UUGUCACCCAGAUUUUUCCUUGUGCAUUAUCGGCACUAGUCUUAAAGGAUGGCUUGCCUCGGUUUGUUCCGCAAAGUAUGAAAAUUGGUCUAGAGACUCUAGACUAAAGCUUCAUUUGUUGAGAAUGAGUCAACUCGUUAUAACUCCACGAGUCACAUACAUGAAACAACUCACAACGAUUCGCAACAGCGUGUCUCAUCGGUGAUGAUGGUCGUGGGCCUCGUGGCAGUUUACAAACCCUGGAAAAACUUCAAACUUUUUCAUAAAUACAACGAAAAACAAGAAGAAGAAGAAAGUUUAGAAUCAGAAAAAGAAAUCCUGUAGAUUUGAUUGGAAAGACAUGCAACUAUGCAAGGCGAUGAAGCUAGAGCGUUGCUAGGAUUAUCAUCCACUUCUCAUCUGACCCCAUCUCAGGUUAAAGCAGCCUAUAAAAGAAAAGCAUGGGAAUCUCACCCUGACCGUUUUCCUGCAAAUGAAAAGUUCAGUGCAGAGACUAAGUUUAAAUUGAUUUCGGAAGCAUACUCAUGCCUAAAAUUAGGUAUAGGACAAGGGGGAACAAACUCAGGGCUUAGAAACGGCAGGAGAAGGCAACCCCAUCUUACAAUCCUUUCCUUCCAUGAUGGCAUGCUGGAUUUUUUUAUGUUUAUAGCUUGUAUUUGUCUUAAUUAGCUAGGGAACAUCCGCUUGAAACUCUAUAUGAUGAUCAUAUCAGUAAUGUUCUAAUAGUGUUAUAACUAGGUUAAAAUGUUUGAUGCUUUCCAUCCUAUAUUUCGAUAAAAACUAGCGGGGUAUUUUGCAUUACCUCUCCUCGCAGGAUUGUUAAUAUCGUUAAUUUGUAUUACCUCCCUACAAAGAUUAAAUUAACAAAACUUCCUUUCGUCA